CACUGGAACACGAGUGACGACUGUUGAAGUUAAUUCCAGUCGGUUUUCAACGGAGUAUUGCCCGACCUCCUCAGUAAUAUUUAAAUAAUAGUUUAACUCUUUGAACCAGACGUCCGGAAACUCCGAGUGUUGUGUAUUUUUUCAGUUCAUCGUCGGUAUUCGGCCCAAUGUAGGGCUGACCCCUGCGAAUUUGCAGGCAGGACACCUUCAAUCUUACUUUUAUUUUCGACGGCGUGUCGCGAGAAGAGAGCGCACGUGGUGCGUCACGAGAUCCAGGGUUAGAAAUAAAUCCGAGAAAAAGGGUGAUAAAGUUUAAUGUUAAAAGUUUAAUGCCCCCUUCGGACGGAAAACAAUGGUUAAAGACAUUUAUUCGUUUUCUGACUGCGGGCAGUAUUUCGCCUAUUCCGGACCGGACGGCAAGCUCAAACUCUGGGAGACGUCUGCCGGCACUCUGAAGCAGGAGUACGUGCCCAAUCUCCACUUAAGUUCUCCAUGCACAGCACUCAUAUGGAUAUCCAUUCCGAUCAGCAGUGUAUCAUCGUCGUGGAAAAACAGAAAAAGGAAGCUAGAUGGAAAGCAAACCAAGAUCAUAGUCAUAGGUACGGGCAGUGGAGUCAUAGCAUUGUACAGUUUUUCUGAAGGCAAAGUGAUCCAAACGUUAGAAGGUGGUCAUAAUACAACUGUCCAUGCACUUUCAUGGUCGAAGGAGCAGGGACUCUUUUCCAUUGGUGACAACUUUGUUAUCAACUGGGACUUAGCUAAUGCUUGUAUAAAGAGCAAAUGGAAAUGCUCAAAAGGAAGACCUACGUGCUUGGCUGUCUCACCGAAAGGAGAUCUCUGUGUCACUGGCAGCUAUGAUCUUAGCCUUUGGGAUGUGGAAAAACAAUCAUUAAUAAAAACAUUUACUGGUCAUAGUAGUGAAAUAACACAUAUACAAUUUGUCAACCAGCAAUAUUUUAUUUCUGCUGCUUCCAAUGACAGGCAUAUUUCCACAUGGAAUGUGCAUGGGGAAUCAACUGAUCCCAUUGGAAGGUUUGCUCUCAGUGAUUCCAUAAAUAGUGAUAUUAGUAUAUCUGAGAAUAUGGGUUCUCUACAUUUAGGCGCUGCGACAAGAAACGGCUGCUUGCACUAUUUUAAUCAUCAACUUAAUGGAAAAAUUGGGAAAUCUAUUAAACCGAAGCAAACUGUAGAAAUAGCGACAGAUCCAAAAGAAAGUUCCAAAGUAUCACCUCUUCCAAUCCUCUCUGUAAAACUUACAACCCCUACUACAGCCCAUAUUGUUUAUGGGUACUCCCCUCAGUUUAGUUUUGAAACUAUCAAUAUAACGGAAGGAAAGGAAAAUAGAAUAUGCCUUAUACGAACUGAAAAUGUAAAACCAGUUUUAAACAACUCAGUCAAGGUUGGUGGUGAGGCAACAGAAAACGUUGAAUAUGUAAGUGCUUCAACGGCUGUCAAAAGGAAAUCUGUGGGCAAAAAUGAAAUCCCUAUGGAAGAAAGGUUGGGCAAUCUUUCAAUUGAUUACAAAGAUCUGUCAGGAACGAACAAACAGAGUCCUUUUAAUAUGUCUCAACUACUUAUUCAGGGGUUGGAAAGUAAAGAUAAAACAAUAUUAGACUCAGUAUUAAUGAGAAGAGAUCCUGAAGUAAUUCAAGAGACAGUGUCGAGGUUACCUAUCCAGGUACUUACACCUCUUUUGCAAGAACUUAAAAACAAACUUCAAGGAAAGACUCUUUGUUGUGUUCUUGGCUCGGCUUGGCUCAAAGCUAUCAUGAGGGUCCAUGCUUCGCAGUUAAUAGCAGAUUCGUCCGCCUGCGAACUCCUUGCGUCUGUUCAAUCGCAUUUAGAAACCAGGCUAUCAUUGCUGGGCCCUUUGAGCAGUCUGCAAGGUAGGCUCGGACAGGUACUACAUCAAAUUGAAGCGCCCCAAUCAAAUUUUCUUGCGAAUAUGGAUCCAGUUGUACUAUACCAGGAUGAAGAAUCAUCAGAGGAUGGCGAGUCACUAAUGAACGAUGUCGAUGCCGAUGAUUCGGAGGAAAGAUGGGAUGAACUAUCUGAUCAGGAAAUAGAUAGUGGAGAUGAAUCAUGAACAAUAAUGUUCAAGCAAUUUAUUUUUAAAGCAGAACUUGUUAAAUUAUGACUUUUAUAUACUUUUAAUUAUUGAAUUCCGAACAUGACUUUUACUGGCCUCCUGCCUUUUACAUUUUUAAAAUUAAUUUGUACAGUCAACUGAUUUUUAUUUUUUCCCCCUCUGUUAAGUCACACUUGUUAUAGAUUUUUAUCAGAAGAAUACUUAAUUUUGCUAACAUUGUAAAUUGUACAUUUUGUUGUUAGUGAUGAUCAUUUUGUUUAUAAAAUAGAAAUAUAACAUGUUUUAUAUUUUUA